AUGGGUCAAUAUCUCUCGCUCUCUCUCCCUUCAGUCUGUGUUCGGUACAACUCGGCUUUUGAAAUUGAUUCCACCUUGCAUCAUCUCGGUGAUGAUCAAUUUCAAAACUCUGAACUCAUCUAUCCAUUAUUUAUACCUGAUAUCUUGUCCGAAAUAUUUUCUUAUUUUGAUAACUACACUGUUUAUUUCCGAUGUGCCAACGUUUGUAAAACGUGGAGAUAUUGUGCAUGGUAUUUGUUGAACGAUUUUAAAUUUCGUUACGAUGAAAAUUUAGAAUUAUUAAUAUUGGGAAAGGAAGAUCAACAACAUGCUGUUGCUCGUUCUCAAACUAAAAAAGGAAUAUCCUCUCAGAUAUUGAAAUCACACAAUUUGUAUGAGCUAAGAAAUAGAAUGCUGGAAAAACUCCUCGAUCACGUGGUUUGCAAUGCCAAAUACUUGAAAAAGUUUCGAGUCUUAGAUGCUCAACAACAUGUUGCUUUUAACAAAAUGAUUACCAAUGAGAGAAUUGAACAUUUGACCAACUCAUGCUCGGAUUUAUUGGAUACCAUCGACUUGACUGCAUGUAAUUAUUUGAAAGAGAGUGCAUUUCAAAAUAUUUCAAAAAAGUGUGGACAAAAUUUAGUUUACCUCAAGCUACGAUACAGUGAAAGUAUUCAUGACGUGUUGUGUGAAAAAUACAUUGCAUCCAUGCAAAAGUUGAAAUAUUUGAAUUUGUCAAAAUGUCCAUAUGUUGGAUUGUAUGGAUUGAUACAUAUUUCUAAAGGAUGUACAUGUUUAGAAGUAUUGGACGUCUCUGGUUGCUUGAAAAUUUCCAACUUUUCAUUUCUAAAUAAUUUUUCAACUUUGAAGGAACUCUAUGUCCAGGAUACACUCUAUUCUUCAGACGACAUUCAAUAUAUUCCAUCUACAUUGGAAAAGCUCAAUGUUCGACGAACAUAUAACUUGAAACAACUUGAUAUUUCUAAAAUUGCACAUUUGAAAGAACUUGACAUUUCUUAUUGCUCUCCAUUACUUAAUAUCCAUGAUUCAAAUAAUCAAAUGGUGACAACAAGGUGGGAGACACUAUCUGCAGUAAGCAAUGAAUGGAUAGAAAAGUUGGUAUCAAUAUCUCCAAAAUUGAAAGAGCUUGAAAUUGGUAAGUAUUCAGAACUCUUAUUCGCACAAUGA